ACUCAAAUUCUCCCAAAAAGAAAAAGUUGGGUUCUUUUUGUUUCAUGAUGAUUGUGAUUAUUUGGUCUGAAGAAAGCUAGUCGAAUUUCAUUGUUUUUGUUUUAGCCUAGAAAAUUCGCAACUGGGAUUUGCCCAGUACAGAAAAAAGUUUGAAUCUUUGUUGUUUGUUUUUCGAUCUGAAAAAAAAAAAAAAUUAAGGAGAAACCAUGGGAGGUCAUAUGAGCAAGAAACACCACCACAACAACAACAACAACAACAUUGCAAGUUCCUCCUCAAAUUCUCAAUACACAACCGAGUUGAACUCUUACGAAGCGGCUUGCAAGCUCGACUCGGACUUACAAUCCUUCGACUCAGCUCUCCAAGCUCGCACCAAUCAAGUGAUCAAUACCCUCGCAGUUGGCGUGGAAGUCCGGGCCCUGUCGUUCGAUUCCCUCAAGGAAGUGACGGAAUGCCUGUUGGAAAUGAAUCAGGAAGUGGUAAAAGUUAUCUUGGAGUGCAAGAAAGACAUUUGGAAGAGCCAAGAGCUGUUCGAGCUCGUCGAGGACUACUUCGAAAACAGCUUGCAAACUCUCGAUUUCUGUACCGCUUUAGAGAAGUGUUUGAAGAGAGCGCGCGACACACAACUGCUCAUUCUCGUCGCGCUGCAGCAGUUCGACGACGAUGAUGGUGAAGAGAGUAAGGAAGGUGGAUUGGGGUCGUCUAAGUAUGCGAGGACUUUGGAGGAGUUGAGGAAUUUCAAGUCCGCCGGGGACCCGUUCACCGCGGAGUUCUUCGCGCUUUUCCAGGCGGUUCACCGGCAGCAGACGGCAAUGCUGGAGAAGCUGCAGAGCAGGAAGAGCAAGCUUGACAGGAAGCUGAAGUGCAUCCACGCCUGGAGGAAGGUGUCGAGCAUGAUAUUCGUGGCGACCUUCGCCGCGGUUUUGAUAUGCUCGGUUGUGGCGGCGGCAAUGGCUGCACCGCCUGUGGCGGCUGCAUUGGCCGCCGCGACGUCAAUCCCCAUCGGGUCCAUGGGAAAGUGGAUCGACUCGCUGUGGAAGAAGUUUGAGGAUGCUUUAAAGGGGCAGAAGGAGGUGAUAAGCUCAAUGCAGGUUGGGACUUAUGUUGCCAUCAAGGACUUGGACAGUAUCCGGGUUUUGAUCGACCGGUUGGAGGUCGAAAUCGAGUCAUUUCUCCGAAAUGCAGAGUUCGUGGUCGAGGAGGAAGAGGAAGAAGCUGUCAGGGUUGGGAUUCAAGAGAUUAAGAAGAAGUUGGGAGGGUUUAUGAAGAAUGUUGAGGAAUUGGGUGUUCAGGCUGAUAUUUGUAGCCGUGAUAUUCGGAGGGCUAGGACUGUUGUUCUUCAGAGGAUCAUCAAGAAUCCCAACAACUGAAAACUUUGGUCAGAUCACCAAAAAAUUUGUUUAAAUCAAUCUCUGGUACCAAAAGACUUCCUUUUCUAGUCCAAUUUGUUGAUGCUUCUUGUUUUGAUAUAUGUUCUAAUUUAUGGGGUGAGAUUUGUUGCAGCAAAUCCAUACAGUUUGGAAUCGUGUUUUUUAAGGAAUUAAUGUUUAAAGAUUGGUAUCAGAACGACAUUGAUUUGCUAGAUUGACAACAUUAUUGUGUUAUUAUA